AAAAACAAAAAAAUGACAAUAUUUUCUUUUGUUUCAGGCAUGCAGAAAUAUGGAGGGAAGCCAUAUUUUGACCAUUGUCACGGCUCUACUUGUGACUUUCAUCGAUAUAGUACUGACAGACACCAUGUAUAUGGUAUCAGACCCAGAACCCAUAGCGCUUCCCAUAGGCUUCGAGACUCUGCUGACCUGCGAGAUGAACAUAGAACCAGAUAAGUUCGAAUGGAAAUUCUACCCAACUAACGAUCCAUACGAUCCCAAUGCGUUUAUUAAUUUGAGCAAUUCCACAUUCCAAAUCAUAUCGGAAGAUAGGUACACAAAGCAAAGGAAAAAGUCUGGGCUGACGUUGCGGGUGAAUAGUACUCAUACUGCUGGUGACUAUCAAUGUCUAGCGUACUAUGGAGCGUACGUAGUAGCUUCAGUACCCUGGAGAUUAACCAUAGCCGUCCUGAAGGAAUUCCCGCGACAAGAUAACGCCGACCCAGUUGUCUCAGUCGGUAACACCGUCCAUUGGAGAUGCUUCGUUCCCGAAUCGAACCCAGAGGCGUCCAUAGAGUAUUACAAACGAGGAGAACUGAUCGGUUCUCCGGUUCAGCGAAGUCAAUCGAAAUCAUUGGUGUUACCUAACGUUACUACUGAAGAUACGGGAGUGUACACUUGUAGGGCUACGAAUACUAUGAAAAAUGUCAAUUCCAGUGCCUAUUUAUAUUUAAGAGUUGUUAAAUAUACGUCCUACAUGAAGCCGUACUUCAUUAUCGAACCUAGGAAAACUUAUACCGUACUUAAAGGUGAUUCUGUCCUCUUGGAGUGCGCAGCCGUCGGCAAUCCUGUACCAAAGGUAGUUUGGUUCAAGAAGAACGGUCAGUUACCAUCACCCCGUAUAGAAAUGUUAAACGGCGGUCUAAAAAUCGACAACGUCAAAUCUUCAGACGAAGGGCAGUAUAUUUGUAAUCAUACCAAUUCGUACGGUACAAUUUCACGUGAAAUAUCCUUAAUAUACCAAGAGGAACCCUCCAUAGACUGCCUCAUCAAUAGAACGGAACCAAAGCAAGGCGAAUACUUAGAUCUACAAUGUACGGUCAAAGGAGUGCCUCUACCCCACUUUUCUUGGUUCUUGAACGGUUUUUCCGUCUUGAACGACACUCUGGUUGAGGUUAUGGGUAGCAGGAUUAAUUUCACUAGGAUCGAAAAGAGGCACGCCGGAAAUUUGCAGUUAUUCGCCAGGAAUAUAGUAAAGACUGUUUAUAGUAGUAUAUACGUAAGCGUGAUACCCUUAGGAUCGACAGAUACGUCAAUAGCUCCUACUCGUCCUCAUAGGAAGCAUUCUUCUAGGCGGCCGGCGAAGCACAACAAGCCUCCUAAACUGAUUCCUCCCAGCAAGCCCGUUAUUUCUAGGCUGAACGAUGAAUCCGUGGUGGUUCGUUGGAACGUUUCGCAAGAUACGGGCUUGCCAAUUUCAUUUUUCAAAGUCCAGUACCGGGAAUUGGGUCCUGCGAAUCCCAUGCCUCACAAUGCAAGCAGAUCGAAUAGAUGGAAGACCGCCAAUUUCGAUAUACCGCCUAAUAUCAGGAAUUAUGAUAUUACUAACUUAAAGUCUGAUCAUAUUUAUAGGUUUAGAAUAGCCGCGGUGUACAGUAAUAACGAUAACAAGUUAAGUCCCAAUUCCGACAAGUUUCAUUUGAAGAAAUUAGACUUUGACGUUAGGAACCCAUUGCCUACUCCUAUUAUAAUCCAAACCGAGACCAUAAACACUACGUCUGUGAAAAUUUAUUGGAACUGUCCAAGCUACGAAAACAUCCCUAUAGAUGGAUAUUAUAUUAGUUUCAUGUCGGCUUCCACAGCUGCUGUUCAACAAAUACCAUCACCAACGACGAUGAAUCCCGUGAUGCCGACACCUAGGGGUGAAAAAUCCGAAUUUAGUUUGUACGUUAUAGUUGCCGGUGCUGUGAUAGGGUGUGCUUUGUUAGUCUGUGGCAUCACCUUGAUAUUCGUUUGUAGAAAAUGGCAACAGAAAAAAUCAGUGGACAAUCGUGAUAAAGCAAUAGUGGAUGACCACACUCUACAACUGGACGGCAACGAGUAUGUAGUAGUAGGUCCUAAAUCGAUGCCCAAAUCCAAUGGUUGCGCCCCCAACAGGAUAACCAUCACUGCAAAUCCGCUUGCAGAUGCGGACAACAAGAAAUUUCUAGCUCGGUUGUUUUCCAGAAUCAGAACAUGAUAGAGAUGUCUUGUUUGACGGCGCACGCGCAAAAUAACAACUGCGCCGUUCGCCAAGAGUCGUCUUCGGGCGCAGCAGCGGCAGCCGCUGGCACGCAGCCGCACGAUUCGCCUGUCAACUCGAAAGAAACCGGCAAGAAGAAGAAAAACAGAGAGAAGAACAGUAGUAAUUCGAGACAUAAAAAUGCUUCGUCCGGGGAAAAUUACGUUUAGUUUAACUAUACAUUUUUUUGCUACUUUUAUUGUGAUCAAAUAUAGUGUGUGAUUUUAAUUAGAUAGGGAUGUUGCCGGUUUCGAAAAUAGGUUUGGCUGUUACUUCGCCUUCAACAAUCUGUGAAAAUGUCAUUGAUACCCUGUUUCCUUUGAACAUUAUCUUGUUUAACGGUGAAUCAUAUAUCUCCUUCAAA